CAUUCUUAACUUUAUAAAAGAUGGCAGACAACGGGGACUGGUGUUUGAUCGAAAGCGACCCUGGCGUUUUUACAGAAUUAAUUCGAGGAUUUGGCUGUACUGGUUAUCAAGUUGAAGAGUUAUAUACACUGGACGAAAAUGCAUUUAAAAGUCUACGACCAGUUCAUGGCUUGAUAUUUUUAUUUAAAUGGAAAGCUGGUGAUGAACCAUCUGGCCCAAUUGUUAAAGAUAGUCGUUUAGACAACAUUUUCUUUGCCAAACAGGUAAUCAGUAAUGCUUGUGCAACUCAAGCCAUUCUAAGUAUUCUUUUGAAUACACAACAUCCUGAUGUGGAUUUGGGACCAAUUCUUACUGAAUUUAGGGAAUUUUCUGCUUCAUUUGAUGCCAAUCUUAAAGGCUUAACUUUGACCAACAGCAAUGCCAUUAGACAAGUCCACAACAGUUUUUCAAGGCAACAAGUAUUCGAAAUUGAUGGAAUACAACCAAAGAAGGACGAAGAUGUGUUUCAUUUCAUUGCCUAUGUUCCAGUGAACAACAGACUGUAUGAAUUGGAUGGAUUACGUGAAGGUCCUAUAGAUUUAGGACCCUGCACUUCUGAUACCUGGCUAAAUGAAGUCAAACCAGUUAUAGAAAGACGUAUUCAGAAAUAUUCAUCAGAAGAAAUUCAUUUUAACCUUAUGGCUGUCGUGUCGGACAGAAAACAAGCCUUUCUUAAAGAAAUUGAAGCCCUUAAUCACCAGAAGAGACAACUCCUUGAACAGGGAGCAGAAUCAAUGGAGAUAGACAGCACAACAAGCCUUCAAAAUAUUGAAGCAAACAUCGCAAAAUAUCAAGGUCUAGUUGCCGCCGAGGAUGAUAAAAUGCUUCGCUACAAAGUUGAAAAUGUGCGUAGAAAACACAACUACCUUCCUCUUAUCGUUGAGUUACUAAAAGUGCUUGGCAAAGAAGGAAAACUUGUAGCUUUGGUGGAGAAGGCACGACAGGCCAAACCAAAGAAACUUGUCCAGGAAGAACUAUGAAAUAUUUUAUUGACGUGCAUCUUAUAAAAUAUCUUAUAGAUAUUGUGUAAAUUGUUUAAUAUAGUAA